GUAAUGCUUCAUAUCAAAACUGAACAACUUGACAAAAGUCAGAAAAUUCAUUUGUCGCUUCAUGUUUUACAUGGACCGAAAUGGCAUUUUGUCUCAUUUUUAACAAGCCAUUACAGAUUACAUACUACUUUUCCCCAAGUAACAGUCACAUCAUCAGAUAGGAGACAAAUUGGGCUUUACAAUGGUGUAUACACUUUAUACCAGGCAUGUUUCAUAUCAAAACUGAACAACUUGACAAAAGUCAGAAAAUUCAGUCGUCGCUACAGGUUUCACAUGGACCGAAAUGUCAUUUUGUCUCAUUUUUAACAAGCCAUUACAGAAAAUAUACUACUUUUCCCCAAGAAACAGUCACAUCAUUAGAUAGGAGACAAACUGGGCUUUCAAAUGGUGUAUAAACUUUAUACCAGUCAUGUUUCAUAUCAAAACUGAACAACUUGACAAAAUGAGAAAAUUUGGUAAAUAUAGCCACAGUGGAUUGAAAAUUGGAUACAAAAAGGGGUGUACUUUUGUCACGUUUUUUUCAAAAACAACGAUGACUCAACAUAUUAAGCCUAACUUAGUGAAUAAAUGUGUACUCAAAGGUGUCAUGAAUAGGUUCAAAGUCCUGAAAUUCAGUGUUGAAAUGAAGAAAAUUGACGAGCAAAAAAAAAUAAUGGCGGAUUUGGAUUUUCACGAUGUAAAUCAAUAUCGUGACCAAUUUAGGUAAUUUGAUGCCUAUUAAACAAGUUCUAUACUAAAAUGAAGUAAAUGUCAAAUGUCUUACCAAUAUUUGUGAAGGUUAGUUGGGUUUCAUUGCGGAAAUAAGAGUAGAAUCUACGAGGCUUCAACUUGGGACAUUAUUUUUUCCCCGUUGCGUCAACUUCCGGUUCUUCGCCAAGCCGAGGCCACCAUUUAACACGGCGCCAAUGGCUCGUUGCAUACCCAUCUGAUAGAGCCCAUGG